GGCGGCCCUGCUUGGGGCAGGACUCAAGGGACAACGCCGCCGUAGGGUCCGGGUCUGGCCUGGCUGAGGGCGGUGAGAAGGCCCAGAGGCGGCCUCAACUAGGACCCGGUGCCCCGACGAAAAGAAACCCGGUUACACUCGGCCGGGAGCCCACUCUGUGAAGAUGGCGGGGCCGGAGCUGUUGCUUGACUCCAACAUCCGUCUCUGGGUGGUCCUGCCCAUCGUUAUCAUCACCUUCUUCGUGGGCAUGAUCCGCCACUACGUGUCCAUCCUGCUGCAGAGCGACAAGAAGCUCACCCAGGAACAAGUCUCCGACAGUCAAGUCCUAAUUCGAAGCAGAGUCCUCAGGGAAAAUGGAAAAUACAUUCCCAAACAGUCUUUCCUGACACGAAAAUAUUACUUCAACAACCCAGAGGAUGGAUUUUUCAAAAAAACUAAAAGGAAGGUUGUGCCGCCUUCACCUGUGACUGAUCCCACCAUGCUCACAGACAUGAUGAAAGGCAAUGUCACCAAUGUCCUGCCUAUGAUUCUUAUCGGUGGAUGGAUCAACAUGACGUUUUCAGGCUUUGUCACAACCAAGGUCCCGUUUCCACUGACCCUCCGUUUUAAGCCUAUGCUACAGCAAGGAAUUGAACUACUAACAUUAGAUGCCUCCUGGGUGAGUUCUGCAUCCUGGUAUUUCCUCAACGUCUUUGGGCUUCGGAGCAUCUACUCUCUGAUUUUGGGCCAAGAUAAUGCUGCUGACCAAUCACGGAUGAUGCAGGAGCAGAUGACUGGCGCAGCCAUGGCCAUGCCCGCAGACACCAACAAAGCUUUUAAGACAGAGUGGGAAGCUCUGGAACUGACAGAUCACCAAUGGGCGCUGGAUGAUGUCGAAGAGGAGCUCAUGGCCAAAGACCUCCAUUUCGAAGGCAUGUUCAAAAAGGAAUUACAGACCUCUAUUUUUUGAAGACCAAGCAGGGGCUAGCUGUGUCUGGAACUCGGAGUCGUGCUUAACCUUAUAACUUUCAUUUGAGCUGGAGCCUCUUGGAAUGAAAAGGGGGUGCAUGAGCUGGCGGGGGUGCAGCAAGGAUUGUUCUUGUCUGAGGCAGGCUCCCCUUCAUGUUUGAACCCAGAGGAAACAUGAGGAGUGUAUGCUGGGUGACUUGCCCAGAAACAGCUAUUUUUUAAAUAUUUUAAUUCCUUCUGGUGACUCUAGUAAUAAAAGUAAGAGAAAGGGGGGACACUCAAGCUAGUGAUAAUAUUAAAAAAUAGCAAAAAUUCAGUCUAUGGAAAAAGCAUUGUUAAUUAAACCUAAUUAUUACGUGCAGUCAUUCUGACAUUUAAACCUCAGUAAACUCCUGUUUUCUUGGAAUCCAUCCACCUGGCAUUUCACCUUUAAUCUUUUGUUAGUAAACUUCCCUUUCACAAAUAAUACAUUUUCAUUGUUGAAAAUUUAAGACCAAUGGAUAGACAAAAUGAAA